AUGCCUCGACCGCGAUUAACGCCGCACCUGUCGCUACAUCGCUUCAAGAGCACCAACUCAAUCAAGUCGACCGCUGACAGCCAGAGCAACAGUCGAGCCGUGAGUCCCAAGAGGAAGCCAGAGGAGCAGGGAGACCACCGGGGCUUCAAUCUGGUCUUGAGAGUCCAAGUCCUCGAGGGCCGGAAUCUCGCUCCCAAAGACAAGAACGGUACCAGCGAUCCUGUAAGCAGCGCUGCCAUCCCUAACCAUCCACGACUCGCCACUCACCAGCACCGCAGUNACCUAGUCAUCACCUUGGGAGACGCGCGUGAGGCGACCUCUGUAAUCGACAAGACAUUGAACCCGAAAUGGAACCAAACCUUCGACCUCCCUAUCUCGGGCAUCUCGAGUUUGCUGCUCGAAGCUGUGUGCUGGGACAAGGAUCGCUUUAGCAAAGACUACAUGGGCGAGUUCGAUGUUGCUCUCGAGGAUAUCUUUACCAACGGACAAACACCCAAGUGGUACAAGCUCGAAUCUAGAAAAUCGGGUCGCAAGAAGAGCCAUGCCUCUGGUGAAGUCCUCCUAAAGUUUUCCGUAUUCGACCCUAUCAAUCCCAACGCCACCGCCCAACAGACCCUCCAAAAAUUCUAUGGUGUCAUCGCCCUUGAAGAUCCCGCCGAGGGAGACGAAGACCUUGACGAACUUGCUCGAGCAGGAGAAUCCGGCGACGACGAUGAAGACGACGAUGAAGAUGGUUCCGGCAGCCCCGAGCAAGCAGAAAAGAGGAAGAAGAGACACAGACUCGCCCGCCUGAAGCGAAAGACCAAGCUGAAAGCCUACGAGUUCAAUGGUAUGAGUGCUGUUGCCGGUGUCCUCUUUGUUGAGAUUCAAAAGGUGACAGACCUGCCUCCUGAGCGCAACAUGACACGCACUUCCUUCGACAUGGACCCUUUCGUUGUCAGCUCGCUGGGCAAGAAGACGUACAGAACUCGCGUCAUCAGGCACAACCUCAAUCCUGUCUUUGAGGAGAAACUCGUCUUCCAGGUCUUGCGACACGAAGUCAACUACUCGCUCAAUCUUACUGUCAUCGACAGAGACAAGCUUUCUGGAAACGAUUUCGUUGGUGCUGCCACUUUCUCUCUCGAAAGAGCUAGAGCUGUUCAACCAGAGGCAGAUCCGGAUACUGGUCUCUACCGCUGCCCUGAAACACCUGACGCUGGGGUCACGCCUAACACUGAAUAUAGGCGUUCACGAUUCCGCUUGAACUCAUCGCGCUCACAAUCAAGCCAGACACUUAGUAGAUCGUCCCGCAAUGCCUCAGCCAAGGACCUCAACAGACUUUCCAGGACGUCUUCGAAUACUAGCGUGAAUCACAGACCAUCAUUACGGAAAGAGGACUCGGGUGACUCUCUGAAUGCCGUCGAUUCGCGCGAGGAUUUCCCAUCACCAAUGACCAGCAAUCCAUACAUGACCGAUGCUCCCGGUAUUCCUCAGGUGAACGUGGACCAUGAUGGAAUUGAGGACCCAGACCUCAAGUACUACGCCAUUCCUUUACAGCUGAAGAACAAGGAUAGAUGGGAAGACAAACACAACCCUAUUGUUCACAUCAAAGUCAAGUAUCUACCAUAUCAAGCCCUUCGUCAACAGUUCUGGCGUGCUAUGUUGAAGCACUAUGAUGCAGAUGACACUGGAAAUCUUGACAAGGUUGAGAUCACUACCAUGCUUGAUACCCUUGGCUCUACAUUACACGAGGACACUAUCAACUCCUGGUUCAGACGUUUUGCUUCUGAGAAUGGCGGAGAAGAAGUCUUGACUAUGGACCAGGCAGUAAUGUGUCUCGAAGAUCAGCUUAUGAAGUAUCAGAAGAAAGCAACUCUUGCGGAUACCAUUCAGGGAAAGCUUCAUAUUUCAGAGACGAAGACUUCAAAGCUGACUUCAGCUGACGGCUCCAAAUCAUCUGACAGUCUUGUACAAUCCGAAGACAGCUCAAGUCAGGGAACGCCACUGAACAAUCAUUCUCAGACCUCAGUAAUACCUGCACUCGAAGUUCAAGACCUCUCAACCGACGGAGAAGAAGGUGGUGCUUUACCGGACGACGAUCUUGCAGAUGAAGAGAAGGGUGAGGAACAUGUUGUGGAGAUCAAAGAGUGCCCCAUCUGCCAUCAGCCUCGUCUCGACAAGAAGGGCUCCGAAGCCGACAUCAUCACGCAUGUAGCCACAUGUGCCUCGCAAGACUGGCGUGCUGUCAAUAAUAUCGUCAUGGGUGGUUUUGUGACCAGUAGCCAAGCACAGAGAAAGUGGUACAGCAAGGUCAUCACCAAGAUCGGUUAUGGUGGCUACAAGAUUGGAGCCAACAGUGCCAACAUCCUCGUUCAGGACCGUAUCACUGGACAGAUCAAUGAGGAGAGAAUGAGCGUAUACGUCAGACUGGGUAUUCGACUGCUUUACAAGGGUCUCAAGAGCAGGGAGAUGGAGAAGAAAAGAAUUCGCAAACUUCUUCGAUCCUUGUCCUUCAAGCAAGGCCGCAAAUACGACGACCCCGCUUCAGCAUCACAGAUCCCUGGUUUCAUUAACUUCCAUCAGCUGGAUAUGUCCGAGGUUCUCAUGAAGACAUCAGAGUUCAAGAGCUUCAACGAGUUCUUCUACCGCAAGCUGAAGCCAGAUGCUAGACCCUGCUCUGCUGCCGACAGACCGGAAAUUGUCGUUUCACCAGCAGACUGCCGGACAGUCGUGUUCAACCAGAUCACCGAAGCUCAACGCGUAUGGGUCAAGGGACGAGAGUUCUCAGUUGAGCGACUUCUGGGUAAUGCAUACCCCGAAGAUGCCAAANGAUAUGUCGGCGGUGCCAUGGGUAUCUUCCGUCUGGCGCCACAAGACUAUCAUCGCUUCCACAUCCCGGUGGAUGGCACGAUGCUUGAACCCAAGCUCAUCGAGGGCGAGUACUACACUGUCAACCCCAUGGCUAUCCGCAGUGCGCUUGAUGUGUAUGGUGAGAACGUCAGAGUUGUGGUGCCAAUUGACAGUCCUAAGCAUGGACGCGUGAUGGUUAUCUGUGUUGGAGCCAUGAUGGUCGGCAGUACAGUCAUCACGCGAAAGGCAGGAGAGAAGGUGGGUCGUGCGGAAGAAUUGGGAUACUUCAAGUUUGGUGGCAGCACAUUGUUGCUGCUGUUCGAGCCUGGAAAGAUGUUGUUUGAUGAUGAUUUGGUCGACAACUCUAACGGAGCAUUGGAAACAUUGGUUCGUGUUGGUAUGUCAAUUGGACACAGUCCCGACGAGGCACCUCAUAUGCCCGACAUGCGCAAGGAGAACCCCAGCAUGGCUGAGAAGCAAGAAGCCAAACGCAGGAUCGAAGGCAGUUUUGCUCCCAGCACAAGGGCGAUGCCUGGCUUGCCAUCUGCAGCCAACAUGCAGUAG